AUGCUUCUGAUGCAAAGGAUUAUUCUUGGAGAACAUAAGAUAGUCCCAAGGCCUACCUACUACGUCAUGAAAAUCUUACGUACCACAUCACCGGUCAAUAUGCCCACUCUGCCUACUAUUCCGUAUCCUCUCCUCAAUAACGCCGUGCUCGACAUCGACGUCAAUGCCUGUUACAGCUUUCAGCUUAAAGACGUGCCCCACGGAACAAUCCUCCCCUCCAAGCUUACCGUUCUUCCAGUCUUUGAGUCCAGAUACUGA